AUGAGUUACCAAGUUUAUGUGUUAGAUUGUCAGCAAAAGUUGUGGCCGGAGUAUGGUGUUGCUUUUAUUACAAAGUGUGUUGUGAAAGGCCUCGAAUUCCUCAGGAAACAGGGAAUUCAACAUCGGGAUGUGAAACCGUCCAAUAUGCUAGUCAACAGACUAGGGUGUGUCAAGAUAUGCGACUACGGCGUCUCUAAGCGAAUGAUGAAUGGUAUAACAAAAACAAAACAAGUGGGAACGUAUUCAUAUAUGGCUCCAGAACGUCGAACUUCUGAUAGUGAAAAUGGAGGUUUUCGAAUACAAUCAGAUGUCUGGUCCCUUGGAUUGAGUGUCUUUCACCUAUCAACUGGAACCUUCCCGUUCGCUGAUUUUUUAUCUGCCCGUGCUAUUGAAGGUAUUUAUCAAAUGGAAGAAAAUUUUUUCUAUCGGGAAGAUCGUAGGUUUACUUCAGAACAGAGCGAAUUCCUCACUGCUUGCCUUAAAACGAAUGAACUAGAUCGACCUGAUUAUAAGACUCUUCUACAAAUGGAUUUCUUAACUGGAGUGAAGAUCAAGAACCUUCGUGGAGAUUUCGCUAAAUUUAUCCGAGACACCUUGGGUCCUUAG